AUGAGAACGCGGCCCCGCCAACGUGCGAGGAGGAAAACGUGCGGGGAGAACGUACUGGGGGAGAACGUGCGGGGAGGGGACGUGCGGGGCGCCAACGGCCGCGUCCUGCGGCCUCAGACCCGGCAGCAUGCUCCGCUCGGUGCUGCUGCUGGCGGGCCUCGGCGCUCUGCUCAGGUGCAGCCCGGGAACAGCAAGUUUUGUACUCAAUGCUACUAUGAAGGUUAUGUUGAGGGAUAUCCGAAUUCCGUUGUCAUACUCAGCACGUGCUCUGGACUUCGAGGAUUACUGCAGUUUGAAAAGGUUUCUUAUGGAAUCGAGCCUCUUGAAGUCGAAGUUGAAUUUCAGCAUCUUCUUUAUAAAUUAAAAAACGAAAACAAUAUGUUUGCAGUUCAUACUGAAAAUAGCCGUAGCUUAGAACAAAAACCAAUGGACUACAGCAUUUUCAUAAGUGAAAAAUCAGAUUCAGCUCAAGACUUAAUUCCUCUUUAUGUAGAAAUGCAUAUUGUGGUGGACAAAGUUUUGUAUGAUUAUUUGGGCUCUGAUAGCAUGUUAGCAACAGAUAAAGUCAUUGAAAUUAUUGGCCUUGUAAAUUCAGUAUUUGCUCAACUUAACGUUACUAUUGUGUUGUCAUCAUUGGAGUUGUGGUCAGACAAAAAUAAGAUUUUCACAGUUGGUGAGGCAGAUGAAUUAUUGCGGAGAUUUUUAGAAUGGAAAAAAUCUUACCUUACCCUAAGGCCUCAUGAUAUUGCAUAUUUAUUCAUGUAUAGAGAUAAUCCAGAUGAAUUGGGAGCAACAUUUCCUGGAAAGAUGUGUAGUGCUCGUUCUUCUGCAGGGAUUGCUUUGUAUUUCGAGGAUAUAACUUUGGAGGCAUUUUCAGUAAUUGUUACCCAGAUGCUGGGACUCAAUCUGGGAAUAUCAUACGAUGACUCAAAUAAGUGCCAGUGUUCAGGAGCUAUUUGUGUAAUGAAUCCCGAGGCUGUGCAGUCCAGUGGUGUGAAGACUUUUAGCAAUUGCAGUUUGAGUGACUUUAAAAGCUUCACUUUAAAUAUGGACGCCAAAUGUCUUCAGAAUAAGCCACAAAUGCAAGUGCUUCCAAGAGCAGUCUGUGGCAACGGCAAAGUGGAGACUCCUGAAGAUUGUGACUGUGGUACUGAGGAUCAAUGCGGACACGAUAGCUGUUGUGAUCCUCAACGUUGUGUGCUGAAACAAGGAUCAAAUUGUGAUUUAGGAUUAUGCUGCAGUAGCUGUCAAAUUCAACCAGCAGGUUCACCAUGUAGGCCCAGUGUACAUCCUGAGUGUGACCUUCCUGAAUUUUGUAAUGGAACCUCACCAGCCUGUCCCAAUGAUGUAACGAUAAUCAAUGGGCAUUUAUGUAAAGCUAAAUAUAUUUGUUAUGCUGGAGACUGCCAUGAUCUUAAUGCACGUUGUGAAUCCUUAUUUGGAAAAGGUUCACAAAAUGCUCCAUUUGCCUGCUAUGAAGAAAUACAAUCUCAAAUUGAUAGGUUUGGGAACUGCGGUAAGGAAAAAGGCCAAUAUAAAUUCUGCCAAUGGAGGAAUCUUAUAUGUGGAAGAUUAAUUUGUACCUACCCUACUCGAACUCCAUACAUUCAAAAAGAUGUUGCUGUGCUUUACGCUUAUGUACGAAAUGUUAUAUGUAUAACUUUAGACUACAGUCUUCAUGGCUCAGUGGUAGAUCCACUGGUGGUCAAUGAUGGUUCUGAAUGUGAUACUGAGAGAGUUUGCAUAAAUCGUGAGUGUGUAGAAGCGAGGUUUCUUAAGAAGGAUUCCCUUAAUUGUUCAGCAAAAUGCAGUGGACAUGGAGUGUGCACGUCUGAGAAGGAAUGCCAUUGUGAGAGUGGCUGGAGCGGUGACGAUUGCAAUACAAAAUUCAGAGAGGCUGACACAAUAACAGAUUUAAUCAUGGAAAGAGAUUUUUGGAAAUCUACAAAGAACCAGUGGCUUCUAGGUUUAUACAUCACUUUACCUGUCCUCAUCAUUGCAAUCUUAACAGCUAUUACAUGGAAACGUCUGAAAAGGUGGUUCAGCAAGGAAGAGGAAUCCAAAAGUAGCAAAUCAAAAGGCAGCAUUCAAACUUAUAGCACCAGGUCCAGAUCAGAAAGCAGCAGGGAAACAGAUAUUUCCAAGUAA